GUUAGAAUCACUUUGAUUCUUCCUAUAAUUUUUUUAGUCAAAAUAAAAAGAAACAAGGGUGUUGGAAUUUUCCUUCAUAAUUUUAAUAGUAUUCAUAUUAAAGAAAUAAAUACAAAAAAAAAUGCUCUUAUACUCUUUUUCUUUGCAGAUACGAGGCAAAUGAGCCAGAAAAAAAGGACAAAUAUGGUAAUCUGAUGAGUGGAUGAAUAAUCGGUGGCAGUCAACUUGUGAAUACCUUCACAAACUUGCCACAUGAAUUUGAGAUAUACUCUUGCUUUACCAGUAAGGAAAUUAUGAAACCAUAUAUGGUAAUACUAUUGGCAGAAUGCCCAAAUUUAUCCCCAAAGUUAGGUGGUAGGGACAAAUCCACCCCCAAACAAAAAAGGGGACAAAUCUACCAACAAAGUUUUUGAUUUGGACAAAUCAACCCAAAUUUAAUGUGUGAUGUCAGAUGACAUCAACAAUCUGUUAACUUGUUACACCGCUGAGAAGUUCAUUGUUAACGGAUUGUUGACGUCAUUUAAUGCCACAUGGGUAGAUUUGUCUCCACUGUCAAACUUUAGGGGUGGAUUUGGGAAUUCUACCAUUACCAUUGCUUUACAAGGAAAGAACUGCAAAUAUGGAAGUUGACCAAAAAAGGAUACUACAAAUAUGGAAGUUAUGUGCUGUUGGCAUCAAUGAAGGAAAAUCAUGAACGUCACCCCACACAUCACCCUAGUGUAAUUUGUGCCUCAAGAGCCCUAUAAAUACUGGUUCAUCUUGCCAAUGUUUUCACCAAAUUCACCUUUCUGAUCUCCAUUGUGUAAUUAGACUUACUACUACCAUGAAAAUUAUCCCUUCUGCUAUGUCUCUUAGAUUAGAUCCACCAAACAUAGUGAUUCCUAUAGUUAAGCAAUGUGAUUUAGGAUACCACUAUGGUAUUCAAUAUAUCACAAUGCUAUUGAAGAUGAGCAACACAUUGGAUUAGUGAUUUACCAGAAGAGCAUGUGAAGUGGAUCUUUUGCUCAUCCUGAGACCGAGACGACAAAGAAUGAGCUCAAGAUCAACCACAUCCUCUAGGCUCCUUUGUUCUUGCCUCUUUGCCUUCAAUUUUUAGGACCUAGUUGCUUUAUUGAAAUUAUUAUUUGUAGAUGGUCCACAAAGACCAUACAUGAUGAAUUUAAUAAUUAUCAUCCAUGUUUCUGUAACCUUAAAAUUCAUUGAUGAACAAUGAACAAUGAACAAUGAA